AUGAAGAACAUGCAGCGCCAGCGUGCAAAUGGGCUGGAAGGCCCUUGGCAUGACACGAAGGCUGCGCCCCAGGGCAAAUGUAAAGACUGCUCGAACUCAAAGGACUUCAAACUGAAUUCGUCACAGGAAGAUUUAUUUGUUGACCAAAGCAAAUCUCUCUGUCUGGAUGCCUUCGGCGGAUCCUUACCUGAGAUUGAACGUGAAAAGUACCAACCUCAACAUCUCUCAUUCUGUCACCACUUUUCUUCCUCAAAUCUUUCUAUCGAUGUCUCCGUUUCUUUGAAAGACAGUAAUCAUGAAAGACACUUUUUGUACGAGUUUAAAUCGGUUGGCUGUCACGGGAAAUUUUCUUUAGUUGUUUCCAAAUUUCGUGGUGUUGACUUUCCACCACCGUUCGCUGCAUUGCUUCUCUCCACAAAAUUAAAUGCACCAACCUCAAACGAGUAUCCGAUAAGUACUGCGUUUCUGAAACGAGUAACGGGCCUUAACUCGCAUGAAGUCAUUGUCUUUGGCGUUGCUGACGGCUCUCUGUUUGCCCUGUCUACGACAGAAACCUCAGAAAUUAAACGGAUUUCUCAUUUCCCAUCGCCUUAUCCCAUAUCGGACCUUUCGGUGCUUUAUCAUGUUCCCUCCCCAGAGAUGAACAAUGUUGAUGGAGACAUUGAUGAGUGUCUGAUUGCCAUCACCACAGGUGGAUUACUCGCUGCUUGUUACUUAAACGCUGAUCAGGAACGCCAACUGGUUUACUUCCGCCUGCCGCCUCACUCCCCGCACAGCCGCCUUAGCUGCACUCCCUUCGGCUCCUGGCUGCAUAUCCUCGCGUCCGAUGACGGUUCUCUACUUUCCCUGUCGUUCAGCCACACCGGUAAAAAGGUGCUAAUCUGCACACCGGCCAUCUAUCCCCACAAGCCCAGACGACACGUGCCCCUGUACAUUCCACGCGACUUGAACACAUCGGAGGAGGCGGCAGUUGUGGACCUGAGUAUCGCCAGGUCUGCUGGUGAAGUUAAUCGAGCGCUGAGGUGGCGACGUCUUGACAUUAUGGAGGUGGUGAGGCUGUCAGGCGGUCAGCUUGCUGCAGUACACAGGGAAACGGGAGAGCGGCUGCGACUCACCGACUACAUCUCCAAAUACGAAGAGGUAGAAGCAGAGGUAGAUACGUUGACGAUACAAUCUGUGGAGACGUUAAAAGCUGACAUCGUCUUUCAUCGCCUGUAUCGAGCUAUCGUUGAGGCAGUUUUCAAGGGAACCACCUCUGAAUCUCCUCCUCUCUUGAAAUCGAGUGUGGAACUGCGUGCCCCUGAAGAUCUACCUGGAUUCCGUAGCUCUGAACACCCUGUAGACUCUGCUCUGGUUCUCAUUAUGAAAAUCGCCAUCUUGGCUCCUGUUGAUGAUAUCUCCAGUUUAUCUCUUGAUGAAUGGACCGACUUCAAGGCGCUUCCACCUGCAACACUUCAUCAAUUGCUUCUAGGCGACCUCGGUGCAUUUCGUCCUUCCUUUGCAUCCCAACUGUCUCGCCUUCGAGACUGUGUGAGCGUCGUCACUGAGGUUCGACCUCUCGGCGUCUCCACUGACCUCACUCACACUAACAUCGAAAAGUGGGCUGCCUUUGGUGUUGUCGAUCACGUUCGCCACACCGCUUGUCCUCUUCCUGCUUCCCUCUUCGACGGUGGGAGUAGCUUUAAAGUGACAAUCUCGGUCUACCUUGAACUGGCACCCUUGAAUUCCCUCAUUCCCACUCCGUUGAGACGCGAUCUGUACUGUCGAAUAAGUACCGCCCUUGAUUUACUUCGACCCCAAGCCUUCACUGCUGCUCCUCCAUCCAGCGAAUGCUAUAUUCUUCCUGUUCGUAUCCCCAGGCACGCAGAGUUGAUGCCGAGAUUUAGGGAGGGCAAUGCUCAGAGCUUCCGCUAUCUCACCCUUUACCCUGAGGUAGAAGUUCUCCUAGAAAUCCAUGAUACGGGCUUCAAGAUCACUUCGUCGAACUUGAGAGCGGUGUGGAGCCUCUACGAAGCCCUCCAACAUUACAUUAAAGAGUUUACCAUGAAUGCGAGUGAAUCUGUAAGCGCGCACGACUUACGCAUGGAGCUUGCAGUCCUGGAGGCCCUGGAGAUGGAACUGACGAAGAGCCAAGGUGCACUGGAAGUAAAGGCUCUCUUGGAUAUCUACGCCUAUCUGCGAAAUUGCAAAGCCUUUAGCGUUGAAAUCACGGAGGCAAAUGUACCUGCUCUGUGCGAGGCGGUAUGGAAAAGCCAAGUGAGCUAUCGCCUUUUGGAGAAAGUCAACGCUGAGAUUGUGGAGCUACUGGAGAGGGUACUAUCUGCCCAUCCUCUUGAUAGUGCAAAUUUGGAAUCUUUUGCUGAGGCGAAGUUUACUUCCUUCACACAGUCCUCCUCACAGUGGCGACUUCUCUUUCUGCAGAUGCUGAUAACACUCCCUGGUAGUGCUCUUCUCGCACCGCUGCGAAAUCGACUGUUCCCUUCCACUGCCACCAUCACUACCUUCAGCUUGGAAGUGCUAUUGGCUCUUGUCUCCACCGUUACGAUUUGUUGCAAGGGGGGAACCCUGCUGAUCUCAGACAUGCUUCAUGACCUCCUCGUCCAAAUCUUCUCUUCCACCUGGCUGCCAGAAGCCAAAAUCACCUCCCCUAAAAAACCUCCCAACCUCGUUGCUUUGUUGGAUGACUCCUUUUCCUCCUCUCAGCAGUCACCUUCAACCGUCGUCGACCCAGUGGAUUGGCGGUUUUGUCAACUGCGUCAUACCCUUCUCAUCGCCCGCCAACUUGCCACCGAAGACCCGCGUGUUACCUCCUUCUCCUACUCCCAGUGGUGGCGUGAGUGCUUUUCCGCCCCACCCGAUCAGGCUGGUGUGCUGGCCACACGUCGAAGCCUCGAGUUCCUAGCCACUAAUCUGCUCCGCCUUCUGCCUCAUGAGAUGAGCGCAAUCUACCUUCAGACACAACUGACUGCGGCGUCACCCUUCUGGCUGGCUUCCAGUGACCCCCAGGAGGAGUGCUGUCGGGCCUGGAGGGAAUAUGCGGACGUGGGCCGGGACAGACUGGCUGAAUUGAGGAUGCAGCGAGUCAGCGCAUUGCCGGGAAUAGAUGCUGACUCCGCAGUAUUGAAUGUAUGGUCGGAUGAGGCGUCAGCGUUGGUGAAUGAGUUCACAAGAGCCAUGGUGAGAGCGGCGAAGGCGUCCUCGACACCAAAGGUUCCGACGGCAAUCGUGGAGAUGCACUUAUUUCGGGGUCAGCACUUGCGCGAGGUGGUGAUGCCAAUGUUGCGCGCGCCCCCGCCCACCUUGCCAGCCGACCAGCGUGCAGUGUGUGCGGCACUUGUGCGCUGCAUCGAAGCACGCUUCGGCGGUAGUGUUAGUGGUUCUGGCAGUAGCUGUGGUACCACUCUGAUGGAGAGGCGAGCACCAAAUGUGCGUGUUGGAAGGUCGGGUGGGAAGAGGGCGAGAGUGAAAAAGUAA